AUGCAACGAAAUAUCCGAGGUCCCCCUAAGAACCUCACCGAAAAAGUUAGCAUCGACGACUCAAAUCCUGAGAAACAGGUGAGCAUCGGAUCCGAGCUACCUCUCGAAACCAAAAAGGAGCUCGUCGAAUUCCUAAAACAGAAUAUCAAAACCUUUGCAUGGACCACCAGCGACAUGAAAGGCAUAGAUGCAAAUGUCACCACUCAUAAGCUCAAUGUAGACCCUACUUUUAAACCGAUCAAACAGAAACGUCGUAAGCUAGGUCUAGAAAAAGCCCAAGCUGUCAACGACGAGGUCGAUCGACUAACAAAGGCCGGGUCCAUCCGAGAGGUACAAUACCCCGAUUGGCUAGCUAACCCAGUGGUAGUAAAAAAGAAGAAUGGGAAAUGGAGAAUCUGUGUAGACUUCACCGAUUUAAACAAAGCCUGUCCUAAGGACAGCUUCCCGUUACCUCAUAUCGAUCGUUUGGUCGAAGCAACGGCUGGACACCAGCUCUUGUCCUUUAUGGAUGCCUUUUCAGGAUAUAACCAGAUUAUGAUGGAUCCUGAGGAUCAAGAGAAAACCGCAUUCAUAACUGAACGAGGAACCUAUUGUUACAAGGUCAUGCCGUUUGGUUUGAAAAACGCGGGAGCUACCUAUCAAAGGUUAGUAAAUAAAAUGUUCGCUGGACAACUCGGAAAAACCAUGGAAGUCUACAUCGACGACAUGUUAGUCAAAUCCUCAAAGGGGGAGGACCACAUCUCCCAUCUAAGAGAAUGUUUCGAAAUCCUCAACAAAUACGACAUGAAGCUAAACCCAGCUAAGUGUACCUUCGGAGUACCUUCCGGCGAAUUCCUAGGUUACCUCGUAACCGAAAGAGGCAUCGAAGCCAACCCGAAACAAAUAGCGACAUUCCUGGAAAUGCCAUCACCUAAAACGACCAGAGAGGUACAAAGAUUGACCGGACGGAUCGCAGCACUAAAUCGAUUCAUCUCCAGGUCCACCGAUAAAUGCCUUCCAUUCUAUAAACUUCUGAAAAAUAAUAAGAAGUUCUUAUGGGAUGAAAAGUGCGAAGAAGCCUUCAAACAGCUGAAGGCUUACCUCUCGGAACCUCCGAUACUAUCCAAACCUGUAGUAGGAGAACCACUGUACCUGUACCUCGCCGUGUCGGCAGCUGCAGUCAGCGGAGUGCUAGUACGAGAGGAACAAAACGAACAGAGACCUGUCUAUUAUACUAGCAAAAGCUUAAUAGACGCCGAGACGAGAUAUCCCACCAUGGAAAAACUAGCCCUAGCAGUCGUGACAGCUGCCAGGAAGCUGCGACCUUAUUUCCAAUCGCACUCGAUCAUCGUAAUGACCUCACAACCAUUACGGACGAUUCUGCAUAGCCCUAGCCAAUCCGGACGAUUAGCAAAAUGGGCUAUAGAGCUCAGCGAGUACGACAUCGAGUACAGACCCCGAGCAGCAGCAAAAGCUCAGGUCCUCGCCGAUUUCGUUAUUGAGCUAGCAUCCGAACAUCUAGACCAGGAAACAGAGGUUCCGAAAUGGAGCCUAUACGUGGACGGAGCCUCGUCAAGGCAAGGCUCCGGUGUCGGUUUAAGACUAACCUCCUCAGCCGGAGAAACCAUCGAACAAUCCUAUAGACUUGGAUUUAACGCUUCCAACAACGAGGCCGAGUACGAAGCACUAAUCGCUGGAUUAAAGCUCGCCCUGAGCCUCGGAAUUCGGGAGCUAAACGCCUACAGCGACUCGCAGCUGGUAGCUAGCCAGUUUCACGGGGAAUACGAAACAAGGGACGAAAGAAUGGGGGCAUACCUCGAGGUCGUCCUAAACCUCACAAAGCAGUUUGACAAGUUCGAGCUAACGAGGAUCCCACGAGGGGAGAACUCCUCAGCAGACGCGCUCGCCGCAUUAGCUUCCACAUCCGACCCUCUCGUAAAACGAAUUAUACCCGUGGAAGGAAUCGAGAAGCCAAGUAUCGACAUAGCUACCAAGGCUGAGAUGGAUAGCAAACCAAAGGAAAAAAUAGAGGAUAACAGCCUCCCGACGGUAGCUACCCAAGUUUUCACGACAUUCUGGUUCCCGAAAACUAGAACACGCAGCUUUAGAAAGCACACCUCCAGGAAAGCAACCCAGAACCCGGAAAACAACGACAAAAGUGAAGGUACUCACCGAAGUUCAGACUCCCUAGAGCCUAACUCUACGAGUACCUCCGGGGGCACCAUCCAGACCUCGGAGCCACUUGUCUAUAAAGUCCAAACAAGAAGCCGCACCGCUCUUAAAAACGCAUCUAGGAACGCUACACAAACCACAGGGGAUAACGAGGAAAUUGGAGAUAUUCCUCAGAACCCAGAACCUACUCCAACGAAUAUCUCCGGGGGCACCACGGCACCAGGUCCCGAACAGGAAUCUCCCUCCUCUCUUCACAACAAAGUUGUAGGGAGAGAAGACUGGAGAAUACCGAUCAUGGAUUACAUCCUAGAGGGAAAAAUUCCACCCAACAAGUGGGAGGCUCGAAAACUCAAAGCUUUAGCAGCAAGAUACUGUAUAAUCGAGUCAGCCCUCCACAAACGAAGUGUCUCCGGACCUUACCUAAAAUGCGUUCACGGCCUAGUAGCUAUGAAACUCAUGAAGGAAAUGCACGACGGUUCCUGUGGAAACCAUUCCGGAGGCAGAGCCUUAGCCAUCCGAAUAAAAAACAAGGCUACUUCUGGCCUACCAUUAUCGCAGAUUGUGAGGUCUACUCCUCAUCGUGCGACAAAUGCCAAAGGCAUGCACCGAUCAUACACCAACCAGCGGAAAAGCUGUCUAACAUAUCAGCUCCCUACCCAUUCAUGAGGUGGUCUAUGGACAUUAUAGGUCCAUUAGUACCUUCAGGGAAAGGAAAGAAGUUACUAAACCUCCUGGUCCUAACCGACUACUUCACGAAAUGGAUUGAAGCUGAAGCUUUCCAACAAAUAAACAGAUUCGAGGUCGAAGGA